AUGCAGGAUUCUAGCCUGGCACAACCAACAGAUUCACACUCCAGUCCUGAACAGGCCCCAAUCACUGAUUUUUGCCCCGAAUGGUCCUACACAGAGGGCAGUACUAAAGUACUAGUGACAGGACCUUGGUUUUCUACAAGCUGUUCCUAUAGUUGUGUGUUUGGGGGUACUAGUGUACCUGCUCUUCUUGUACAACCAGGAGUCCUCCGCUGUUUUGCACCAGCUCAUGAACCUCCUGGUCUGGUAACUCUGCAUGUUCAGAGUGAGCAUUAUAUCAUCUCUACAACUGUACUAUUUGAAUACAAGGCCAGGGAAAAACAAAAUACUUCUCAUAGCCAGCAGGACUGGUUUUCUGUUGAUGAAGAUCAACUGCGUUUAAUGGUGCUAGAACGUCUGGAACAGCUGGAGAAGCGACUAAACACUUCUCAAAAGGAAAUAUCUAGUGAACAAUCUCAGAAUUCUCAACAGAGCCAUGAUUUUGAAUGGCGCCUUGUGCAGCACAUUACAACCCUUUCCCGACUGCCUUGGGCCAACAAUGAUGUCUUCCCCAAGGCUGGACCUGGGGGGAUGACCCUUUUACACCUGGCUGGUGCCCUUGGUUAUGCUGAAAUGUGGGCUUGCGCCAAGGGUUAUAGUGAGGCUGCUCAGACCCUGUACCAUUGGAACCGGGGUCCGCUGAAGGUCUGCAACAAGGAUGGGUUACUACCCUUGAUGGCAGCCCGGCAUCAUGGCCACCACAACCUGGCUAACAGCAUUGAGUUGCUGGAGCAGGCUCACAACAACCCCAAGGCCAUCACACCUCGUAUGAUUAGUGUGUCUGGAACAACUGAAUCAUCUGGGGCUAGUGGUUCUAUCACAAGCAGCAUGAGUGACACAUUCCUUACCCCUGAUAAAAUUGUUACAGUCACUGCCUCAAACAUGAUGACUGGUAGCCAGUCCACUAGCUCUUUUCCGUCAACCAUAUCGACUGCAUCUGAUGACUCUGGCAAUGACAGUAUCUUCACAGGAGCCUCCUCUCCGCCGCCGCCACCACCACCUCCUCCUCCUCCACCACCACCAUAUCCAGGAAACAGCAAACUUAUCCGGAGGAUGAGUGAACAGUGUCUGGGCAGUGAGUCACAGUCUGUACAGAAGUCAAGCAAACGCUUCUCUGUGGAUUUUGUGUCACCCAAGCGUACAUCAGUCGAGAGAAGCUUGGCCUCCGAAGGCUUCUCCAAACCAGUGCGCGAAUCCAUGUCCGAGCCACAUUUGUCAAGUUUUUUCAAAUCAGCCCAACAGCAACAGCCCUUGCUGUCUGCAACAUCAUGUGGCAGUCAGUCGCAGGUGAUGGAUUCUCCACAUCAUAUUCCAGACAUACUGAUGCACACGGAUAGUUCCCUGAGCACAGAUCAUCUGUCUUCCACAGACUCCAUGUCACAGAGACUUAGAAGACAGAGCUCUGAAAGUCAUCUCAUCUUCUCUAUGGAUACUGAUGACCCGUCUUCUGCUCCGAGUGACAGUCCUUUGGUUGAUGGGGAACGGUUAUCAUCAGAUGAUGAGCUAAACAAAGUGCAUGAGAACCGAACUCUGGUGGGUGAAGAUGGCAGCGAAGAAGCCAAGAAGCACAUGGUCACACUUGCGCGACAGAUCAUUGAUGCCAUGCCUGAGCGCAUCAAAUCCUCACCCUCACGGGAGGAUUCUACUGCUGAAUCUGAAGAAAUGUGUCGCGAACGCAGCAGCUCUCAUAGCUCCCUAGCAUCACAGAAUUCUCCUAUUGCAUCGUCCUAUGGAGAAGAUUCUGGAAUUUCAACCCCACUUGGUGAUGGGCUUUCAUUUGAAGAUUACCGCUACAAUGACUUAGGUACACCCGCAUCAUCCCUAAGUCCUGACUCCACCUGCCUGCCAAGUCCUUACAGUCCAUAUUUCCAGAUAGAUUCUCCUCCACCAACAACUGCAGAUUUUACUGAAUAUUUUAAUGCCCCAGCAACUUACAUGGAGAAGGACUUCUCACAGCUAACAUUAUCAGAUCAGGAGCAACGAAAGCUGUACGAAGCGGCUAAAGUGAUCCAAAAUGCGUAUCGACAAUACAGAGACAAGCAGCAGUUACUGCAGCAGAGGCAAAAAGAAAUCGAGGCUGCCAUCCUCAUCCAAAGUUACUACCGCCGUUACAAGCAGUAUGCAUACUUCAAGAAGAUGACGCAAGCAGCAGUAUUAAUCCAGAGUCAGUUCCGAAGUUAUUAUGCACAAAAACGGUACAAAAAAUCACGUGGUGAAGUAGAUGUAUCACUGCAGAACCAAUAUCGUAGCUACAAGGAACCAGAGCGGCUGAAGAAGAGUCGCAAUACAUCUGUUAUAAUUCAACAAAGGUUUAGGAGCCAUUAUCAACGCAAGCAGCCAGAGGAGCUGGAUGGGAACCAAUUGUCUCAGUUUGUGGGUGAAGCAGGAGAGAGUUCACCACCCAACCAAAGCUCCCAUGCCAGCGUAGAAGCCCAAGCUGUCGGCACUAAUAUGGACAAUGAUGUCAAGUCAAAACCUCUGACUUCUGAAAGCAGGGGUCAGCAUCACUCUGAAAGGAAAGCAAAACCCAAACUGAGCAAAUCUGACCCUCAGGACACUAAUUUGGAUGCUGCCUCAAGUUCAGUAUGA